UUGACACAGACGCACAGAGACGGACUCAUACCGGCCCGUGUUCUGCUGCCGUUCUGGAUAUGAGGGAACUAGUCUUUAAGGCUUGCACCGUAGCUGUGUGGGAGAGGGAGACUGAGAUCAGCACCACAAGGAAGGAGUGUGAAGCACUUGAGGCAGAGGUGAAGAAGAAAAAUCAAACAUGUCAGACUUUGGAGAAUGAGCUUCAGGAUUUCCUUCAGGAGAACAAACACGUGAACCUCCAGUUGUACAACAGUAACCACAAGGUGUCCGAAUAUGAAAAGGUGAAGUCUGAGUAUGCCCAGCUCAAAGAGACCCUUGGUGCUGUGACGCAGGAGAGAGAUUUAGCCCUGUGGGAGAGGAACCAGCUCCAAGGCAAACUGGAGAACCUAGAGCAGGUGCUCAAGCAUAUGCGCGAGGCUGCAGAGCGGAGGCAGCAGCUAGAGUUGGAGCAUGAGCAGGCCUUGGCUGUACUCAAUGCAAAACAGCAGGAGAUUGACCUUCUUCAGCAGGCUCAGGUUGAGGCUAAAAAGGAACAUGAAGGCGCUGUCCAUUUGUUAGAGAACCACUUGGACAGCAUGCAGGCCAAAGUCCGCGAGCUGGAGGAGAAAUGUCGGAACCAGAGUGAACAGUUCAACCUCCUGUCAAAAGAGCUGGAGAAGUUCCGGCUCCAGGCGGGAAAGUUCGACAUCCUCAGCACUGAACCUUUAAAUCUAUGUGACUCUCCUGGGUCGCCCAACAAAUCCCUGUCCCAGCUCCUAAAUGGACUGGCUGCCCCCAUAGGAAAAGGCAAUGAGGCUCCGACAAGCAGAUCUUUGAUAUCGGAGUUCAUUCGGCCUCUCCAGAUCAGCGGGGACAAACCCGAGCUCCUCUCUGUCAAGCCAACAUUCCUCACUCGCACUCGAGCCAGCAGCCCAGCGCGGGCGUUCCUCUCUGAGAUGGACAAAGAGCUGAGCUCAACCACCAGGUCCAAACCAAGAUUUACAGGGAAGGUCCGACUGUGUGUUGCUCGGUACAGUUACAAUCCUUAUGAUGGGCCUAAUGAGCAUCCUGAGGCAGAGCUCCCCCUGGUGGCAGGGAAAUACCUCUACGUUUACGGGACAAUGGACGAGGAUGGCUUUUAUGAAGGAGAGCUGCUGGAUGGACAGCGGGGCCUCGUCCCCUCCAAUUUUGUGGAUUUUGUCAAAGAUGAGGAGACAUCCUCUGUCCAGCACAGGGACACAGUGGCUAAACAACCUGGCUACCUCAACCACAGUAGCCUGGGGUCUCAGAGACUGGGGGUCGGCACAGGAACAGGAACGAGCAUAAGCAGCCUGCUGUCUGACAGUAAACUAGACUGUCUGAGUACGAGCAGCUUGGGCAUCGACCUACUGGGUUCUUCCAGCAAUGGCACGGGAACCCUGGAUGUCAACAUUGACGAGGUCGGUGAAGACAUUGUGCCUUAUCCCCGCCGCAUCACGCUGAUUAAACAACUGGCCAAGAGUGUCAUUAUUGGUUGGGAUCCUCCCGUGGUCCCGCUGGGCUGGGGUUCCAUCAGUGGCUACAAUGUCUUGGUGGAUAAGGAGGUGCGCAUGAGUGUCCCCUACGGGGGCAGGACAAAGUCUCUGAUUGAAAAGCUUAAUCUAGCCACCAACACCUACCGUAUCUCAGUGCAAAGCAUCACUGACCGGGGCCCGUCGGACGAGCUCCGGUGCACUCUGCUCGUAGGCAAGGACGUGGUGGUGGCACCUUACUACCUUCGGGUGGACAACAUCACACAGGCCUCCGCUGAGCUCUCGUGGAUGCCCAGCAACAGCAACUACAGUCACACCAUCUUCCUCAACGGCGCCGAGUACGACAUGGUGAAGGCAGGGGGCUACAGAUACAAGUUCUUCAACCUGAAGUCGAUGACGGUUCACAAGGUGAAGGUUGCGGCGCAGCCGCACCAGGUGCCUUGGCAGCUUCCGAUGGAUCAAAGGGAAAAGAGGGAAAUCUCGGUGGAGUUCUGCACUCAGCCUGCAGCGAGUUUGUUAUGCUCCCCGGGCCCCCCUCUCCCCCCGCAGGAGGUGCAGGUCCAGUGUGGUCAGACUCCUGGGUUCCUGCAGGUCAGAUGGAAGCCGCCACCUCUGACACCUUCAGGGAUGUCAAACGGGGCCAGCGUGAUUGGCUACGCUGUGUGCACAAAGGGACAAAAGAUAGCAGAGGUCUUGUACCCCACAGCAGACUAUGUGACCGUGGAGCUAAACAGGAUUCAGUGUUUGGAGGCGAGGGAAGUCAUAGUAAGGACGUUAUCCACACAAGGAGAGUCGCAGGACUCGCCGGUAGCCGUCAUUCCACACAAUCUCUUGGGCUCUCCGCGCCUCUCCCAUCGAACCACAGCGCCACCUCAUGUCCCCAUGUCGCACCCUCCUUAUCCGACGUAUCCCCUGAAUCACCCACAGCCGCAGAUGCAGGCUCUGUCUCGAGCGCAGCCCCACACUCUGCCCCACGCACAGCCGCACUCGCAGCCCGUCUGUCACCCCCCUCCUCCCCCUCCUCCCCCUCCCCAGCCCCAUUUCCAACGCCAGCCCAUGCCUAAGUCCAAGCCGUCCGUAAGUGCCAGAGAGUCUGAAACCAAAGAGCAUGAGGUUGGCCUACGGACAGCCCAGCCCUGGGAGCGAUCCCCAUCUCCGCUGCCUUCCAUGCGCGGAUCCAACCUUGAGCCGCCGCACUUCCAGCCACGGCGAUCGCCCUCUCCUCAGAGAAUCCUGCCGCAGCCUCAGGGAGUCCCCAUCACAAACACCAUCGCCAAGGCCAUGGCCAGGGAAGCUGCCCAGAGAGUGUUUGCUGAGGGUAACAGAAUUGAGAAAAGGAACAUCUUUAGUGAACGAGGAAACACGUUGCAUCCGCUCAACUCUGAUGAGGAGGAGGACGGCUACGACUCCCCUCAUGCACGGCGGAGAGGAGCCUCCGUGGAUGAGUUCCUCCGAGGCUCAGAGCUGGGCAGACAGCAGCAGCAGCAGCAGCACCAUCACCACCACUACAGCCACAGUGAGGAGUACCACACGGAGAGCAGCCGGGGCUCUGACCUGUCCGACAUCAUGGAGGAGGACGAGGAAGAUCUUUACGCUGAGAUGCAGCUGGAGGAGGGUCGCAGGCGCAGUAUCAACUCUCACAACACUCUAAAGGCAUAUUACAAGCGUCAGGACUUAGCCGAGGAAAGAGACUGCUGGGACCUACAGAAGGAGGUGGUGAAGCAGAAGUCACUCCGCAGCAAGCGUCUCCACAGCAUCCCCGAGGUGGCCGAGGAGGAGCAGGACAGCGUGGACGGCAUGGGCCAGCGGCUGUGCUUCGAAGACGGCGGGCGGCCGGGAACGCCACACGCCCAGCGGCGGAUGUACCCCCAGGACCCGCACAUGAACAAUCACCCCGCCCCCAACAAGACCACGCGCCUCCUGCAGCGCCAGCGCUCCUCCCCUCGCUUCACUGACUACCGCUACUACUACAAUCCAGACGACCGUAGUCUGGGACGCCCCAACCGCCAGAACACCAAGAGUCCCGACAGUGGUUUAGACUGCGGCAGCGAGGAGGAAGGCUCCUUGGGUCGGGGGCAUCGAGGAUACUAUGCUCAAGCGAGCCCAAUGCGGGGACCCGUGCGCAUCAUCCACUGUGAGGGCCCAGUAGAGAGGCGAGCGUUGGCUAUGGGCCGUAAAAGAACUCUGACCCGUCAGUGCAGCGUGGAGGAAGAGUUCUCUGACCUUCCAGUCACUGCAGUCAAGUUGGUAGACAAGGGUGACUUUAGAAACAGGGAGCAUUUUGGGCCUUGUCGGGUGGCUGGGCCGCGAAACUACUCCAGAGAGGGGGCCCUGAGCGAGGGCCGGCUGAACGAGCUGGACAGGGUCUAUUACAGCCCCCACAGAGAGGCUAGGGCCCAGUCUUUGUCCAGGCUCACCCGGGACCAUUCGCUGAUCAUUGGGAAUUCACCGUCACACGGAAGCGCCGAUCGCCUGGACAACUCGGGGAGGAGGCCGGUUCACAUCGGCAACCCCCCUCAACGACGACCCAUCCCAUCCAUUGAGAUCACCAUGGACAGUAACAGUGAGGGGAGUGAGGGGAACCUCUCACCCGUCAAGGAGGAUGUUUACUUUGGCAGUGUAGCUCGGCGCAGGAUAUGGCGAUCUAUGUCCUCAGAGGAUCAAUAUGAUGGUUAUGGCGGCCGCAGGCACGGGCGGGGACGGCGCUCCGCGGAUUUCUACGAGGAAUCAGAGCAAGAGGAGACGACCCGUGUGUUUGUGGCUCUGUUUGAUUAUGACCCGCUGUCCAUGUCUCCAAACCCCGACGCUGCUGAUGAAGAGCUGCCAUUUAAGGAGGGCCAGAUUAUCAAGGUGUUUGGAAACAAAGACACCGAUGGCUUCUACAGGGCUCAGAUCAGAGAACGUGCUGGUCUGAUCCCUUGUAACAUGGUCUCUGAGAUCCAAACGGAGGAUGACGAUAUGAUGGGCCAGCUCCUCCAACAGGGCUUCCUGCCACUCAACACUCCUGUGGAGAAGUUAGUGAACUGCGACCGUUUCAAAGAUGGCCGCUCGAUAAAUCGCAGGUCCAGAAAAUCCAAGAGAGAGAGGAACCGGCGGAGCGGCCGUCAGCACCCGAUGUCCACGCGAAGAAUGGUCGCUCUGUACGACUACGACCCCAGAGAGAGUUCGCCUAACGUUGACGUAGAGUACGAGGGCAGCAGACUGAAUGAGGAGGCUGAAUUGACUUUCUGUGCUGGCGAUGUCAUCACAGUUUUUGGUGAAAUAGAUGAAGAUGGCUUUUAUUACGGAGAGCUCAAUGGACACAAAGGACUCGUUCCCUCCAACUUUCUAGAAGAAGUGCCUGAUGAUGUAGAAGUUUUUCUCACGGACUCACCGUCUCGAUACCCCCAGGACAAUCCCGCACGGAUAAAGACCAAAAGGAAGAAGAGUGUUCAUUUCACACCUUAAAGGCUCUGUUUCCGUCACGUAAGUGAGCAACUGAGGAUACCAAGUUUACGCGCCCUCGUCUAAUGCAGAUGACAUGGGCCCCCUAUGAUAUUCCCUUUACUGCUGCUGUGCCAUUGGAUUGGUUUAUAGGACUCCACCCCCCUUCCAACCCCCAAAAUACUGUGCUGUUGUUUGUUGGUUGACAGAAACCCACGCCAAUGCAUUAGACAAGAAGUCUGGGUAUCUUCAGUUGUUUCUCUUGAGUGUUGUACAUGACAAUGUCUGUCCCCUGCAAUAAGUCUCCUGCUGUAACUCAUGCUGAGCUAAAAGGCCACUGUUUGCACAGAAGGACUGAGGACAUUUGAGUCUCUCAGUGCAUUCUAGAAACCAAUCUCAGAAACUUUAGUCUACAAAUUCUAUGCAAAAAAAAAAAACCCUAAAGCUACGAGUUUUAGUUUAAGCUUCUAACCACAUGGAAGACUUGUGAAGGAUAAGAUAAACAAAGAUGUUAAUCCAGGUAGGAUUUUUGGUUUUCUAAUUAGUUUCGUAACCUAAUCGUCAACAUUAACUCUUGAAUAGACGGGUUAGGGUUAG